CAUGCAUUAAUUAGAUAAGUGCACGAUAAAGAUAAAUCCAGGUUUGUGGGGGGGUUUGCCUGUAGCUGCUGUGUGGACGGUGUUUCUCAGCGAGCUGUCGGUGCUACAGUCCGGUGUCUUUUCAGUUAACCGCUCCGGUCGCGAGCCCCGGUCUCCACUUAGCUAACGUAGCUGCUGCUGUGUGCUUUUAGGUGACCGAAAAACACCAGAUUUCUCACUGGAGAGCUAAUUAAAGCUAGUCAAAGGGACUCAAACCGCAAAACUGACAAGAGUUAGCUUGUUUUUUUUUUGUUUUUUUUUAGUGGUUAAACAAACCUUGCACGGCUGUCAGUUGUGCUCGAAGUCAGGGAAUACCGGCUGGUUAGCUAGGAGUCCGAUUAGCUAACGCUACCCAGACAGAAAUGGACACGGUGGCCAAAGCUUUGGAGGAAGUCCUCACCUCUGCGCUGCCACAGGGAGGCAUUACAGUCGGCGUCUACGAGGCUGCCAAGUCGCUCAAUGUAGACCCUGAUAAUGUGGUUCUGUGCGUCCUGGCUGCAGAUGAAGAGGACGUUAAAGACGUGGCCCUGCAGAUCCACUUUACUCUCAUUCAGGCUUUUUGCUGCGAGAAUGACAUCAACAUCCUGAAAGUCAACAACACCAGGCGCCUGGCACAAAUAUUGGGUGGUGGGGGAGGUGGAAAACAGAGCGGGGGCGAACCUUUGGACCUCCACUGUGUCCUUGUCACUAGCCCACAUUCUACAUCAUGGAAGGACCCAGCUCUGAGCAAACUGAGCAGAUUCUGCAGAGAGAGCCGCUGCAUGGACCAGUGGGUACCCAUCAUCAACUUGCCUGAACGAUGAACUUUGACCAGCGACAAAAAUGUGUCCAGAGACUAAUUUUAUCUGCACACAAAGAGAGGCGUGAACCCCGAUGGACACAGAUUACCAUCCAAAGAUCAAAUUCCAAAGCACUGCUGAUUUGGGGGGGAAGAAAAUUCCUGGAAGAAAAGAGGGGGAAAAAACCUUGCUGUCUGUAUGAGAUGAUGUAUUUAAAGGAUGAGGAGGGGAAAAAAAGCAGGGGUUGGAUUUUCACAGGACUGUUUGGAGUUGCAUCUGUCAGCCUUGGCAAUCGAGAUGAGACGGCGAGGUUCUUGUAUCAUCACACGGUGGAAAUGGCAUUGUUUUGUUUUUUUUUUUCUUCUUUUCUUUCUUUAAAUGUGACACUGGCUGGACACAGUACAGACGGAUACUAUCAUGUGUUUGUUUGGUAAAGGACUCUGUGACGGAGAAGUCAGAAAAGUGUGGGGAAACCAGAACGUGGAGCCGUUGAGUGGACCAAGGCCUCGGCCUCUCUCUGCAGAAACAAAGCACUCGUUGAAACACUGGACCUACUGCAGUUUCACUUGUUUGAUUAAAAACUGUUAAUGUUCACUUUGCUGUUGUGAUAAUUUAUAUUUAAAAAAGAGAGAAAAAAGGGAAGGGCUACACAUCCAGUGAAGACAUUCUGUGUAUCUAGUGUUUCUAAUACCAGCUGGCUUCUUGCCACAAGUGAAAUAGUUCUUUUGUUACAAUUUAAAUUAUUUCUAAUUAUAUUUAAGUGUAUUUAUGUUUCUUUUUUUCCUUUUUUUUUUUUUUUUUUUUUUUUUUUUAUAUAUAUAUAAAAAAAUAUUUGUAAUAUCUGAAUACGAGACACUUAUCUGUAUUGGUGUCAAUAAAAGUAUUUUGUUUUUGGAACAAGAA